UGCAUUUUUAGCUCUUAUCCAGUUUCUCUCCGUGUCUUGAUUCUGUAUCUCUCCCUCUCUUUCUCCCUCCUCCUCCGCCUCCCCACCCUCUCUCUCUCUCCCUCUCCCUCUCCCUCUCUCCCUCCCAUUCUCUCUAUUUUAUUUCUGUGGUGGAGGCAGUGGUGCACACCUACCCCUCGUCCUACCGUCGACCAGAGGGGAGUGGAGUCGGUAGGGGGCAGGUAGCAGCAGCCCCGGCGUUGCUGGACGCGUCCGUCGCAUUCCUCCACCAUGCCGGACCGGGGCAAGAGGCGAGGAGUGGAUGCUGCCGGCUCAUUAUCACGCAGAGGCCGCUCCAUUUAACUCUGCAUGUCAAAGUUUGCAUUUUCAUGACGCAGCAGCAGCAGCAGAGUGGAUGGAUUAAAUGUAUGAGCAGGAUGCCUUGAUCACACGACCCAGUGCCAUUUACUGGUAAAUCUAUACCGAGAGUGACUACAUGGAUUAAUAUUUGGGGGAAAAACAUGGGAGACCUGGAGUGUGGCUUUGAAGAGAUGCAAGGAGUGAGAUUGGGAUUCCUGCUCAUCAAAGGCAAGCAAAUGUUUGCUUUGUCUCAGGUCUUCACCGACCUGCUGAAGAACAUCCCCAGGACUACAGUGCACAAGCGCAUGGAUUACCUGAAGGUGAAAAAGCACCAGUGCGACCUGGACGAGCUGCGGAAGCUCAAAGCAAUCAACUCUAUAGCUUUCCACGCCGCUAAAUGCACUCUGAUAUCGCGGGAGGACGUGGAGGCUCUGUAUUUCUCCUGCAAGACGGAGCGGGUCCUGAAGUCCAGCAAAAGGAAAGCGAAAGCGGCGCGUCCCCCCGGGGGCGAGGACGCGUCCCCGGGGCUCUGCGGCGCCGAACCGCAACUGUGGAGGGAAAAAGUUUGGUUUAGUUUGCACGGCGUCCCGGAGUCUCUGACUGUGCAGCACAACAAACCCGGCAGGAAGAGAGACCUGACUCCUGCAUCAUGCCUCCCCGACUCAAACAAACUACCUCAAUUUUACCACAAAGCGCACGCACGGGAUUUCCGCCUGGCCACCAAGUCCAGUCACAAACACUUUAAAAACUAUGAAACAGACAAGUUGACGGGGAACCGCGUCGCUUUGAGCCAAAGGCACUCGUUUUUCCGGAGCCGGCACCAGCCGGUGGUGCUGCAUCAGUCGGCCAUCGCGGCUCCGUCCCGGCUGCGCUCCGGAGAGCUGCUGCACAGGCGGAGGAGGAGGAGCAGACACCCGGCCCUGCUGCUCUUCCAGCCCAAGUCCCCUUCCUUCGGGGCGUUCCACGUCAGUCCGGACCUGUACCUGGACCCCCGGCCGCAGCAGCACCACCACCACCACCACCAUCACCACCAUCACCACCACCACCAGCCCGGCCUGCCCGAGAGCUGCAGCAGCGACACCGAGUCAUGCAGCUCCUACUCCGACCGCGCAUACCCGGACUCCGACUUCGGCUCCGGCUUCUCCACCAGCAGCAACUCGGCCAGCUCCGAGGACGAGGAGGAGGAGGAGGAGGAGGAGGAGGAAGAGGAGGAUGAAGAUGACAGCGAGAGUUCAGAGGUCAGCUCGGAGGAGGAGGAGGAGGAAGAGGAGGAAAGCUCCUCUCAGUCCGACUCCAGCUCGGUGUCGAGCCGGGUUUCGGUCCAGAGCAUCAGGUUCAGACGCCUCUCCUCCGGUAAAGCCCCCCUGGUCCUGCAGCCCACCUUUCACUACAACCACCAGCAGCAGCAGCAGCAGCAGCAGCAGCAGCAGCAGCAGGGCAAACACAACAGGACAGCCAGUCAUGUUUCUGACUCACAAACAGGGGACAAUAGACCGGACCAACGUCAGAAAUGUGACUACUUAUGCAGUGAUAUUAGCGGGGACUUAGGAUGCUUGCAGCCACCAAAAUUAAACCCCACCAACGUGGGGGAGAGCUUUUUCCCGGAGCCAACAAAGGAGCAGUUCUGUGAGCGUGAUCCCAGCAGGGUUGACCCCGAGGAGCCGGUCCCUUGUGCGGGACAGGACCGGCGCAAGGCCGCGCACUCCCGCAGGAACCCGCAGCCCACCAAGUGCCUAUCCGGACUCCUGAGCGCGCAGUGCGAGCCAAGCAAACUCCCAAAGUGUGUUGACAAAAGGGAGGCGAAGUCUGCCAACCUAAAACUGCCCACUCCAACGAAGAAAAUAAAGACCGAGUCGGAUGAGCCCCCUGUGACCGCAGCAGCCCCCCACUUGGAGAGUGCCAGGACGGCCGGGACGCCACCUUUCAACCUCCACAAUGUGAAAGUUAAACUGGAGGAAAGCUGUGAUGAAUAUGAAUACCAGAGCCAGGGAUCUGUAGUCAAAUGUAAAAGAGAUAAGACGGAGAGCGGUAAUGGCCAGUAUCCCAGCGGAGCCAUCAAACAGCUAGGAGAGUUUCUCAAAAGUGGGAUUAAAGUCGCAGAGAAAAGCCUUGAUGUGGCCCCCGGGUCCCCCUGCGGUCCCCAGGAAUGCAGGAGCAGCCGGGACACCCCGUGCGUGGACGAGGGGGAGCACGGGAACAAAAACUGCAGGGCUACGUUGCAGGGAAAUAAUAAGAAAAGCAGGGUUUCCAGGACGCACGCUAAACAAAGCGCGCCCAGGCUCAACAAAGCUGCCUCAUCUUCUUCAUCUUCUUCUUCUCCUCGUCCCGCCGGCUGCGAGGAGUCAUCCACGGAGGAUUUACCGAGCAGACGCAAACGCAGCGGCGCCGGCACCGUAGCAUCCCCUUCCCCGGCAAAAACGCCUUUCAGCCUCAUGGCAAAUUUCCCAUCCCCGCCGUCGCUGGUCGUUGGCAGCGACGGGGAUUUGUGUCCUGCUUACUCCCUGAACUCACUGAGGGGCCCCGGGCCUCCCCCUCCGACCCACCCCGUGUGGAGGUGGCAGCCUGGCGGCCACAUUCUCCCUCCCCCAUUGCACGCUCAGAGAACUAGGAAAUACUGAGUUUGUUAUAAGGAAGAAAACAAGCCCCCACCGUGACCACCUCUCCAACACAACCGUUGUCUUAACGCGAGCGCACACUGCUCGCAAUAACGCCUGCAAAGCGCGCAUUUCCCUUUUCUCCACUUAAUUUUUUUCUUUUCCUUUUAAAUCUCUUAAAGGAUUUACAUUCCGCUUUUGUUUUGAAGUUUGAUCGAGGAAAAGCCACAAGAUCCAACCUGGAGCCUCCGAGAAUGCCUGCAGGACUGUGAGACACAGAUCGUGGAUUUACGCUUACAAAAAAAACUCCUGUUUUGAAAUAAGCUAUCAAUCCUAAGCAAUAUAUGUUGCUCCCCAGUAUCGAGCCUGCUUGACUGUUUUUUGAAUUCGUUAGUUUCUUAUUGUUUUUUUUUUUCUAUACUACGCUCGACCUGUUGGAUUGUACUAUGCCAGGGAUUCAAUGGUUUGUGCUUUGUCUGAAAGAGGAAAAGGGUUAAAAUCACAACAUUCUUUACAACGAGGCUGAUUUAAUAUGUCAGGGAUUGUCUGAUUCUUUAAAAAUCAGGACGAUAAUAACAAGCAGGGUUCCCCAUUUUGUGCCACCUGGAUUAUUUAAUGCAUCAGCCUUUUUUCAUGACUAUUUGGUCAAAAGUGCUAAAAUGUGCCGUUUCAGAGAAUUAUUAAAAAACGAUUUGUUACAUUUCUGCAUACAACUUCACAGCUGGGUUCUGCAGGAUUUUUUUAUCCUCGCGAUCGUGGGUUUCUUGGGGUGCUUGUGAUCUGUUUUUCAGUCUUGUUGUUAUCUCUCCGGAGUAUUUCCUGGUUUGCAAAUGUGUAUUAAUACUACAGAGACGGAACACGGGCCUCAUGUACCGACAAUCAAAAAGAGAGGAUGGCUCGCACUGUGCCCCAAAGUCUCAUGAUGAUAGUUUUGU